CAAAAUAUUUGAUGUAAUUUAACCUAAAUAUAAAUCACCGUUAUUUGAGUACUAUUCUUACAUGUUGACUGAGACAUUAUCUCAACACUUUAAAUUUAUUCCAUAAAAAAUGCAUGCAAAAAUGAAAUCUUAUUUAUUCAAUAUUCAUUCAGCACACAGCACUCAUCAGACACAAAUAUUCUGAUAUUCCAAAUCAACAUCAACCUUUGUCUUUUGUUUUUUUUCCCGUGUCUCACUACUCUUUCACUUUUCUCUUUUUGCUUUGAAUAUCUCUUUUGUCUAUAAACCUUUCUUUCUCUAUUCAUGGCAUCCAACACCACCACCCUUCACAACCAAGUCCAUUCCUCCGGCCAUUCCAUUAUUCCAACAGCACUCCAUCGUCAGAAACAUCGAAAUUCAGCCAUCGCCAUCGCUCUUCGCCGUAGAGGUACUCAUAAGAAAUAUUCAGGUAUUAGCUCCCCUGUGAAUUUCAGACAAGGUUUCGUGAAAAAUGAGAUUUCUGCUAGGAAGCUCGCAGCUGGUUUGUGGCAGUUGCGGUUUGUUGAAGUCUCUGGUGAUGGCGGUGCUGCUAUCGGUGAUGAACCGUUUCGUUCUUCCAAGUCAAAGCUAGCUUAUAGAAAUGUGAAUUAUCAAAAUUCAAAAGACAAAUUCAAAGUGACAAAAGAUCAGAAAAGAAAGCCGGUAACCAUCUUGCGUUCAAGAAAUGGACUUCUAUGUGAGCUUGAAGCCUUUAUGCCAUUUAUCAAAUCUUCAAAAGAAGGGAAAACAAAAUUAGCAGAUGAUCAACAUGACUCUAUCGUCACCGUUUUGCUUGAAGAACUCCUUCGAGCUCAAAGGUCGAUUAAUAAACUUAAAGCAGAACGGAAUUCCUCCAAGAAAAAAGUCGAACAAUUUUUGCAGAAUCUCCAAGACGAAAAAGUGUUAUGGAAAUGCAAUGAACACAAGAAGAUUGAAAAAAUGCUAGAUGAGUUAAAGGAUAAGUUAACAAGGGAGAGAAGAAGUAGAGAGAGGAUGGAGUUGCUGAAUACCAAAUUGUUGCAUGAAUUGGAUGUAGGUAACGAAUCCACUGCGCAGUUUAUGAAAAACUACGAAAAAGAAAAGAGAGAAAGGAAACUAACAGAGGAAGUGUGUCAUGAAUUGACCAAACAAAUAGGAGAAGACAAAACUAAGAUUGAGAAGCUUAUGAGGGACUCAAUAAAAAUUUACAAGGAAGUUGAAGAUGAGAGGGAGAUGAUGCAAAUGACCGAGCAAUGGCGCGAAGUACGCGUGCAAAUGAAGCUAGACGAUGCAAAAAAUGUACUUGAAGAGAAAUAUAAUCAAAUGGUAGAGUUGAUUGCUUAUCUUCAAAUGUUUUUAAGAUCAAAAGGUGAUGAAGCUAACCAGAAGGAAAUUGAGGAUGCUAGGUUGAUCAAACAAGUGGUUGAAUCGGUAAACAUUCAACAAAUUCUAGAACUUUCGUAUAAUUUCUCAAAAUCAGAUGAUGUAUUUCCAAUCUAUGAGGAAUGUAGAGAAAAAGUAGGUAAGGAAUAUUCUCCCGCCUCUAAUCAAGUAGCUUCGUGCCGCAACGAUGAAACAAUGAUUUCUCACACGAAAUAUUCUCAACAUAGAAUGGAAAACAACAUGAUUGGUGAAACUACUACUUCUUUAUGUAAAGAUUACUCUGUUGAAGGUAGCUUCAAACACUUUGAAUUAUUGAAACAAGCAAACUCAACAGAUCACAACAUCAAUCCUCACAUAGCUCGUGGGAUGAAAGGAUGCAUAGAAUGGCCAAGAGUUAUUCCAAAACCUAAUUUGAAAGUUAUUCCUUUGGAAGAAAGAGUGAAAAGUCAGAAAUCUCAGUUGCAACAUAUUCUUAAGCCAAAGGCUUUUUAAGCCUUUGUUCCACAUAUUUUCUUUUUUCUUGGCUGGAUAAGUUUUAGUUACAUUGUGUUUAUAACAACAAUCGGUUGAGAAGUAAAAAGAUACAAAAAACACGGACAGAGAACUGAUGAUGACACAAUGUUUGGUCUUGGAGUUCGGCCAAUUGUGUUUAUUUAUGUGAUUGUAGUGCAGCUGCAACACUUUUCUAUUGAUCAAGUUUGGAGUUUAGAUAGUACAAGUUGUAUUUAAAUACUAUGAUCUAGUUUACAAGAUUACCCUUAAAUCGGACAAAA